AUGUCAAUAGAUUCGUUCAUGAUGACCAAACUGCACAAGGACAUCGCCAUCCACAUGAUGCAGUGCGUUCAGAGUGAAGAGCACAGUGACAAUAGCACCAUCAAGGAGGUGUCGAAGAAGACAAAGGAGCUGAUCAACAACGUGAAGGGGGCUGGCACCGGAGAGCGGCAAGAUAUCUCUCGAACUGCUGCACAAGAGGAAGAUGAACCCUGCGACAGAGACAUUUCUGUUCACCCUGGCCUCCGUCGAGGGCCUCACUGA